AUGGAGGUCGUCGAGAGUGGCAGCAUCCUCGCCGCUUACAGCAGCGAUGCAGCCAUGCUCAUUACCGUAGCAAUCAUCCUUUUCGUCUUUACGGUGUCAGCGGCGAGGAGAAGGGGCGGAGGCAAGCUUCCCCCAAGCCCGCCGGCCCUUCCUUUGCUCGGGCACCUGCACCUGCUCCGGCCGCCUCCGCACCAGGCCUUCCACCGCCUCGUCGGCCGGUACGGCCCGCUGGUUCACCUCCGCCUGGGUCCCUCAAACCAUGGCGUCGUCGUCGGUUCCGCGGAGGCCGCCCGCGACCUCCUCAAGCUUGAGUCCAGCAUCCCGCAGCGGACCCACUCGUCGAUCACGCGCCUCCUGGCCUACGACUCGGCCGGCUUCGCCUUCGCGCCCUACGGCGCGCAGUGGCGCUUCAUGAAGCGGCUGUGCAUGUCGGAGCUGCUGGGCCCGCGCACCCUGGAACUGCUGCGCCCCGUGCGCGACGGCGAGCUGGCAGCGCUGCUGCGGGAGGCGGCCGCCGCGGCGGGGCGGGGCGGCAGCGUGGACCUGAGCCGCCAGCUCAUCGCCAUGGCCAACAACGCCAUCAUGCGCAUGACGGCCAGCGCGCUGCCCGACCACCUGACGGAGACGGCGCGGCACUGCGCCAAGGAGGUGACGGAGCUCGUGGGCUCCUUCAACAUCGCCGACUACAUUGCGCUGUUCCGCCCAUUUGAUCUGCAGGGGCUCGGCCGGAGGGCGCACGAGGUGCACGCCAAGUUCGACGCCCUGCUUGAGAUCUUGAUCAAGAAGAAGGAGGAGGCGCGCCGGUCGCCGCCACCGGCAGGAGCGGCGCCUGCUAAUAAGGCCAAGGACUUGCUGGACAUCCUCAUGGACGCCGCGGAGGACGAGAACGCAGAGGUCAAGCUCAACAGGGAGAACAUCAAGGCCUUCGUCCUCGACAUCUUCACCGCGGGGUCGGACACAACAGCGACAACAGUGGAGUGGAUGCUCGCAGAGCUGAUCAACCACCCGGCCUGCCUGGACAAGCUGCGAGCGGAGCUGGACGCCGUCAUUGGCAGGUCGCGCCUGGUGGGCGAGGAGGACGUCGCGCAGCUGCCCUACCUGCAGGCGGUGCUCAAGGAGACGCUCCGGCUGCACCCGCCGGCGGUGUUCGCGGUGCGGGAGACCAUCGAGACGGUGCACGUCCGCGGCUACACCAUCCCGCCCAAGACCACCAUGUUCUUCAGCAUCUACUCCGUUGGGCGUGACCCGGCGUACUGGGAGAAGCCCCUCGAGUUCGAUCCGGAGCGCUUCAUGCCCGGCGGCGCCAACGAGGGCAUGGAAGUGAAUGUGCAGAACAUGCAGCUCAUGCCUUUCGGCGGUGGCCGCCGUGCCUGCCCUGGCAUGGGGUACGCCGUGCAGGUCGUGCCGGCGUUCCUUGCCGCGCUGGUCCAGUGCUUUGACUGGGCGGUGCCGCACCAGGAAGGUCGGGAGCCGCCGCAACUGAACAUGGACGAAAAGCAGGGUCUCGUCUCCGCCCGGCUUCAGCCCCUCGUGCUCAUCCCUACACCACGCAUCCAUCCUAUCCCCAUGCCUAGCUCCCUAAACUGA